CACACACAUACACACACAAACACACACACACAUACACACACACACACACACACACACACAGCAGCCAAUCAUCUCUGCAUGUGGGAAUGUUCACCUCUUUCAUCUCGGAAAUAGUGCAAUCUGAAGGAAGAGUCAUCUUAAAUUUCUCUAUUUCUCUCUGCAGGCUCAUCCUGGGAUUUCACAGUCCGUAUCGAGAAAAUACUUAUGCCCCAACAUGCACACUUCAAUCAGACGCUGCUCAGAAAAGAGACUAAAUAAACCAAAGCCAAGUAAACGAUGAAAUAAUAAAGAGAGUAGAUCGCAGUGGGAGCAGAGGGUGUCUCUCUGCACUUGCUGCAGUUCUCCUUCCUGCUGUGGUCCAGCCUUCAUCUCAGAGUGAUGGACAUGUGACUCCCACGUGUGACGAGGGGCACGGCUGGCUUGACGUGAAGCCGACCGGCCCUCAGACCUGUGCAGCCUACAGUCCUGACCCGGGAAGAGUGGGGCUUCCCUUGUGACUAGGGACUCCCAUAAAGAGCGCCCCCCAUAGGUCAAUCAGUGACUUUCAACAGGCAGUUGUUUUACUUGCUGGAAGCCAUAUUGUUUUGAGAGAAGCAAGUCCAGCAAGGAUGCAGCUUGGUUCAGAGCAGAGUUACUCAUAGUAUUAUCCUCAGGCUUAGUGCUCUGCGAGGGUUAUGGUUAGGUCUAGUGCUCUGUCAGGCUUAGGGUUAGUACUCUAUUAGGGUUAGGGUUAGGCUUAGUGCUCUGUCAGGGUUAGGGUUAGUGUUAGGUUUAGUGCUCUGUCAGGGUUAGGGUUAGUACUCUAUUAGGGUUAGGCUUAGUGCUCUGCGAGGGUUAGGGUUAGGUUUAGUGCUCUGUCAGGGUUAGGGUUAGUAUUCUAUUAGGGUUAGGCUUAGUGCUCUGCGAGGGUUUGAGUUAGUACUCUAUUAGGGUUAGGGUUAGGCUUAGUGCUCUGCAAGGGUUAGGGUUAGGUUUAGUGCUCUGUCAGGGUUAGGGUUAGUACUUUAUUAGGGUUAGGCUUAGUGCACACAUCCAUGUGGGGUUGUGGGAACUCACUUCUGUCUCUGUCCUCUUGCAGCAGUGGAGGGCCGGCUGCUUCCUGACGGUCUGGCCAGGCUCGCCUCCACGCCCAUGUACCUACCUGUGAACUUUCAACUCCUGAAUGCUGAGGCCGCUUUCUUCCUCAGGGAAGCCAACCAGGACAUCAUGCGUAACUCCAGCCUGCGUGUGCGGACCGAGCCCUUCUUUGUGUACCGGGCCAGGCGGCCCCCCUCAGUCAGCGCCACCUAUGGGCCGCUGUUGGUGGAGCAGGCUGUGCCUCCGGAGCUCUUGCAGGCCCCGGGGAUCCCUCCCAGCCCCUUCUCCUCCUCUGCUGCCACCACCUUCCCCUUUAACUGGAAGGUGAAGGCGGUUCUGGUGCGCGACUGGGUUGUGGCAAGCCGACCCAAGGUGCAGACGCUGUUCCACGUGACGGGUCGGGACUGGGAUGACUACACCACAGCAGACCAGCUGCCCUGUGUCACAGUCUUCGCCUUCCACGAGACUCAGGAGGUCCGGGCCUCUUGCCGCCUGCGGGGGGCGCUGGCUCUCUGUGUGGCUGAACUGGAGCCACUGGCCAGCUGGUUUGACCCACCAAGUGUGGUCCCUGGGCGGCAGAGGGCCGCCCAGACUGAAGGCACCCCUGUAGAGUUGUACUACGUGGUCUGUCCCGCAGAGAGCGAGGAUUGCGGGCGGGAGGACGAUGCCCAGCGAGGGGGGGCGGGUGGAGAGCGGGCGGCUCAUGGCUCGGCGCCACUGCUGAGGAUCGGUAGCGUGAGGCUGUUCCAGAGUACUGCCACCCUCCCCCACAGCGAUGUCCGCAUGGAUGACAACUUCAUGGUGCAGAUGCCGCCCCAGCCUGUCCGCCGGAAGGGGACCAUCAGUGCCUUUGUAGGCACCUCCAGCUCCUCCCUGGUAGAGAUGUUCACGCUGAGGGUGCGGCUGAUGGAAGGUGUGGCAUUUCUGGGUGCCAGACCCAGCAACCCGCUUCUCUGGACAGUCAGCCAGGAAGCCAGAAGUGAGGGUCACCGGGAGGUCACCCUUCACUGUCACCGCAAGAUGCCCACAGUGGGACAGAGGUCGAGGGCCUCUAUCCACAAGGUCCUUCAGGUGGACCUGGAGGUGGACGGACUCUCGGAGCCCUGGGCCGGCCGCUCCAUCACCUGGCAGCUGGAGUACCCAGGCACCCCUACGCCUGCUGGGGAGGUGGAGACCGUCAUCUACGUGGUGCAGGAGGAGCUGCAGGGGAUUGUUCCUUUGGCCAUGGAUGCAGAGAUCCUGAACACGGCCGUGCUGACGGGCCGGACCGUGGCUGUCCCAGUGAAGGUGGUGGCCGUGGGAGAGGACGGCACACUCGAUGACGUCACCGAAUCUGUAGAGUGUCACUCGCUUGAUGACGACGUGGUCAAGGUGUCGGAGAGGUGUGACUACGUGUACGUUAACGGGAAGGAGAGGAGGGGCCGGGUGCGCAUGCUGGUCAACUUCACCCUCAGCUACCUGAGCACCCAGCUGGAGAUGACGGUGUGGACGCCACAGCUACCCCUCAGCGUCCAGCUGUCCGACACCGAGCUCAGCCAGAUCAAGGGCUGGCGGGUGCCUCUCGCUGCUGGUAGCCAGAGGCUCGCCCGUGAUGGCGAGGAUGACGAUGACGAAGAGCAGCGAGGCCGAGGCUGCCCGCUGCAGUACCAGCACGCUUCGGUGCGAGUAUUCACGCGCUUUGUGGCCGACCCAACUUCACGUCGUGCCACGCCAGAUUUCCUGCUGGGAAGUGACUGGCAGGUGGAUGUGUCAGAUUUGGUCAGGGAUCGGCUGAAAGUGGUCGACCAGCGAGUUGCCCAGCUACUGGACGGCCAGGUGCUGAUGGGACUGGAUCCUGGUGUAACUGCCAUCCAGGUGCUCUCCCCCCUUUCGGAUGUCGUCCUGGCAGAGAGGACAGUGAAGGUCCUGGAGGACAAGGUGACCAUUGUGGAGUUGGGGGUGCAGCUGGUGGCAGGUCUGUCCCUGUCUCUGCAGCUGAGCCCAGGGAGCAACAGGGCCAUCGUUGCCACGGCGACCACGCAGGAGGUGCUGAACAGCCCUAAGCAGGAGUCACUCAUCAGCGCGUGGAUGCAGUUCAGCGACGGCACCAUGACCCCUCUGGACCUAUACAAGCCGGAGCACUUUGUGCUGACAGCGGUGUCCCUGGAUGAGUCCGUGGUGAGGGUGUGGCGGAGUGAGUCAUGGCGCUGGCCAGUGAUUGUGACACAGGCUGAGGGCCAGGGGGCGCUGGUGCGCGUAGAGCUGUCACCGAACCAGACCUGCCAGAGGUCCAAACGACGUGGGGCAGUGGCCACUGGCACCGCCAGCAUACGGGUCAAGUUUAGUGGCGUAGGGGAUGAGUUGGCAGGCCGCAGGCAGCGUCCAUCUGAACGGGAUAGUAUGGGGUCCAGGGCACCGCCUCAAAGCUCCGGAUUUGACCGGGAUUCUUACAUAACGGGCACAACCAACACUAGCGCCCCCCCCAGGGUAGGCACUGGCCAAUGGCCAGUGGGCCGUGAACACUCCGCUCAGGAUUCACCCGCUGACUUCCCAGAGCAGCCCGACCUUCCGGUCCUGGAGGAUGACCUGGUCCAGAGCGGCCGUGGAUUGUCAGACUUGGAGAUCGGCAUGUACGCCUUGCUGGGCGUCUUCUGCCUGGCCAUCCUAGUUUUCCUCAUCAACUGCGUCGCUUACGCCCUGAAAUACCGCCACAAGCAGCCGCCAGCAGUGGGGGGGCCACAUGUCAAGCACUCCCAUGACUGGGUGUGGCUUGGCGCAGAGACAGACCUUCUGGAGAGCCAUGCCCACCUCUCCCAGCAACAGGAUGAUGAGGGUGGGAGGUUGCUUAAUGGCACCUCUGCACAGAAGGACACCUCAGGUCAGGGCCAGCGCGACCACAGAACGGAGCUGCUAAACUCACCCACAUCCAAACGCAAGCGGGUGAAAUUUGCCACCUUUGGUGCUGCUCCACUGGGCCGCGGCUGCCCGUCCAUCAGUCCCCUGCUCACAUUGCCCCCCGAGGACAUCAAGUGGGUGUGCCAGGAUGUGGAGUUGGGCAACGCUAUGGAACUGCGAGACUACAUGGAUAGGCUGAGCGAUAAUGAAACCAAGAUGGCCGCCUAGCGGAAAUCGCAGCCAUGCGCUCGGGUGAGAGGCUGACAGGCCAAGACUCAAGUUGCACGGCGGGACAUUCCACCAAAAUACGUCACAAUGGAAGCGAAGGCCUAUGUGCCAAAAAGUCAUACGUAAAGCUGCAGAAGGAGAGACGACGGUGGGGCUCAGCGCUGUUUCCUGUCAUGUGACGCUAGCUGGGUCUCUUUCUAUCACUCACUCAUCAUUUAACCUUUGGGGGGGUGGGGCUCAGCGCCGUUUCCUGUCAUGUGACGCUAGCUGGGUCUCUUUCUAUCACUCACUCAUCAUUUAACCUUUGGGGGGUGGGGCUCAGCGCCCUUUCCUAACAUGUGAUGCCAGUGAGCGCUUUUUGUAAUACUUACUCAUCAUCUGAACUGUAUGUUAUUCCUUGUUUUAUUUUCUUGCUGUUCCUGGUGUUGUUAAAUUAAAUAAAUCCCCCACACUGUACUUGCUGAA